GUAGCGAGAAUUGAUUGACGUUUUCAAACGUUCGUUUUUAUUCCUUUGUAGGUUACCAAAAAGUUAUCCAAAUAUGGACCGAGAACAGCAACAAUUGCUCUUGAAGCGACUUUCCGACCUUAAAACACCUCAGAAAACAGUGAAACGAAUUCUUGAUGCCCUUGAAAGCAAAGAUAGAAUCAUAGACUCUUUGACGACGCGGGCUCAAGUAGCCGACGAAUUGCAAAGCCAGUGUGACAGCUUGAAAGCGACAGUGGAAGCGAAAAUAAGAGAAAACGAGUUACUUGCAUGGCAGUUGCAGCAGAAACAAGAACAAUUGGCACAUUUGGAAAGAUUGGUAGAGUUUCUUGAACAACAAACAAGUUGUCGCACCAAACAGUUAUCUGUACAACAACGACAACAGAAUGCCAUUCAACAACAUAUGGAAGCAAAGCAGAAGCAGCAAAAUGAGGAUUGGAUCAGUUGUGUAGCUGAACUCAAGUACGAGCUCGCAGCCGCUAAAGCCGAAUGUAUCUCGGUAGAAUUGAGGAACAGUGAACUUGAAGAACAAAUUCAUUUGUUAUCUGAAGAUAAGGCUCAUGUUAUGCAAUAUUAUGAAGAAAGGUUGAAACAAAUGAAUGAAGAUCUAAAGCAAGAACAAAACAGAAGUAAAAGUCAACUGGUUGAGUUUCAAAAACGACUUGAAGAACUGGAAAAUUGCAAGAGUCUGGAAAACACUAUUGGAAGUCUUUCAAAAGAUGUAGACAAGUCCACGAUUCGCCAGUCACCCAGACGAAAUAUGCCACAGUCAUCUAACCAUUCUCUAGCAAUAUGCAAUUCAAGUCGUGAAAAGAAUUUGCAACUGGAAAGCACGUGUUCAUCUUUGCAACCUGUAGAGUCGUCGGAAGAUACUGAAACAGUUUUAAGAGAGAUAGAGCAUUCCAAGACGAAGAGAAAGAGUAAGAAAGCAUUAAAAUGUGGUCAAAUAUCAUCGCCCUUGAGUGCAGAAGUUUCAUCUUAUCUUGUGGAGGAGACAGAACAGCAUAGAGUGGAGAUGAUGGAUGCUCAUUUAGAUGGUUUCAAAGAGAACCAAGGAAACGUACACAAUAUAUCGCAGACGGUUGAAGACGCUCCUGUUUUACCAACGAAGAAAUAUAAGGAAGAUCAUAAGAAAAGAAGGGUUAAUCGAAAAGUGAAAGGUACCCAUCCCAAGUCAUAUGAGGCAGCAGAGUCUGACUCAGAUAAAGUUCAAACCAAACGAAAGAAAAAGAUGGCAUCAGAGAAAGACAAAAAGUCAGCAGCUUCGACCAAAGAUGCUUCAUUCGGACUUUAUUCAGUAAGAAAUGAUAUUUCAUCUGGCGACUCUUGGCAAGGUCCCUCUUAUCCCAACUCUGCAUUGUCUUCAUUACAAAUUCCUCAACUGGCGUUUUCGAUGACAAAAGAUGGAAAAGUUGUGUUUGAUGCCUUUAAGCCUUGAUAAUAUUAUUCAAUCCACAAUGAGUAUCAUUUAUU